AUGAAAAAUUAUUGUCAAGACAAAGAGGUGGAGAAAGCCCAAGGAGAAAAUUUAACUCGAAUAAGAACAGAACCACAACCAACCAUUAACCAAAUAAAAUCACUCUUCACUCAACUUUUAACCCAAAUCCAAGCCACUCAUGAACCUAAUUCUCCUCUUUAUCAAAAAGCUCUAAAAGAACAAAAAGAAGCCUUAACUAUACUAGAAAAUGCCCCGCAAAAUAAGCAAGAAAAAUAUUUAAGUUUAAUUAGGCAAAUUGAGCCUUUAUUAACUAAGCCUAAUUUAUCUUUAGAAGAACAAACUAAAUUAAAACAAACUGGGGAGAAAAUGGAUGAGAUGGUGGAGAAGUUGAGGAAGAGUAUAGAGAAUAUUCGAAAAGAAAGCAAAAAAAUACUAAAGAUAAUCUAUACUUCGCUACUUGUUCAUUGUGUACUAGAAUGGGCGAACUAUGAAAAGAAUAUAAAGACUAUGGAUUAUGUAAAGAGUGUUGGCAUCUUAAAACUAGCCCUGACUGAUGCCGAACUUGUA